AUGACCGACCUCACCCCAACGCUAAACAGCCUCCUCUCCGCGCAACAUGCGCGCUCAAUUCCAGCCCCAGAAACCCGGGCCCCGUCUACCGACCCUGCAGACGAGUUCCUCAAGGAGGCCCAUCGCAUCAACACCCACAUAACCUCCCUCCUCACGUACCUCCACUCCAUCCGCCACGCCUACCUCUCCACAACCGCGCCGUCCCGCCGCAACCCCAGCACCACGCGCGCCACCACAGAUAAACACUUUCCCUCCACCACGCACUCCCAACACCUCACCGACCCUGAGCGUGACGCAAUCGACUCCUCAACAGCCCUCCUCCUCCGCGACCUCGCAACCUCCCUCACAAACCUGUCAUCAGCCGAGACCCUCCGCCAAGAAACAUCCGCCUCCCUCCUCCGCAAGAAAUACGGGCACAGCGCCGCGGGCGCGCUUCUCUGGCGCUGGGCCGGCGGCGGCAGUGCCCUGGACCAACAAGCUGAGGAAGCCAAGUCAGCGGAGCAGGUUGAGGCGGAGGAGCGGGCGAAGACGACGGCGGGGGUGCGCGAGGGCGUGCUGUGGUUUCUGCGGCGUGGGCUGGAAGGCGUGGCUAGUGUGCAGCGGGGGAUGGUGGAGAAGAGGAUCGAGCGGGUGAGGGAACGGGAGAAGAGUGUCUUGUAUAAGAGUGCCAGUGCCAGUGCCAGUGCCAGUGCCGGGAAGGGCACGGGGAAGAGCAGUGGUGAAGCGUCUGGGGGAGGACCGGGGCCGGCCGCAGGCUCGAUGUCGUCGUCGGCUUCGUCGCUGCCGACGCGCGAUGCAACGCUGAGCGAGGCGGACGCCGCACAGAUCGAGGCGCAGUUGUCGCCGGAGCAGCUGCAGCUGUUCGCGGAGGAGAAUGACUCGAUGCUGCGGCAUUACGAGGAUACGUUGGGGAAAGUACAGUGCGUCUUACCCUCUUCCAUUUUCCCUCUUCCCUAUUCCCCUCUUCCCUUUUUGACGGGGGGAUUCCGAUUUGUUCUGGUCUUGUCUUGUCUUGUCUUGUCUUGCCUUGUCUUUGUCGGGAAGCGGCUGCCUAACACAUUGCUCAGAAACGCCGAAAAGUCCCUCCUGGAAAUCUCCGCCCUCCAGGAAACCCUCGUCUCGCACCUAGCCACGCAAGAAGAGUACAUUUUUCAGCUUGUCAGUGACGUGGAUACGACGCAGAGCAAUGUCGGGCGCGGCAACAAAGAGCUCAAGCGCGCGACGGAGCGGCGAAGUACGGCGCAGGCGGUGUUUUGGGGGACGGUCGGCCUCUGUACGUGGCUUGUGGUGUGGGAUUUGGUUUUUUAA